AGCAGAAGAAGACCUUUACGACAAUUAAUUUCUUUCUACGGUAAAACAUGGCGCCGCGCAGCUAAGCUUGGUGAGGUAAUGAAGCACCGAGACAAACACUGAGAGCUUUUCUUCUGCUUUUUCAUUCUCAAAGUUUCAAAAUAUUUCCUCGGCGAGGCAGCAGCUCCCCGUGGAGCUGAGGCACAGUGAGGGGAGGACUUUCACACUACGAUGGCCACGCAGGGAGGCAUCGUGUUCCAGGAGAAGGUCAGCAGACUGCUCCGCGGACAGAACGGAAAACCAGUGCUCAAACCCAACAGGGCUCUGGUUCUGAAAGACGCUGUAGCGAACCGAAAACCCAAGAAAGGGGAGGCCUCUUGUAUCACUGAAAUGUCAGUCCUGAUGGCCUGUUGGAAGCAGAACAACUUUGUGGACACUCUGUGCUCUAAUGAGAUUAACAGCUUUUAUAUGUGUGUGGAAAAGGCUCAGGCUGACGCGAAGAAUAAAGCUGGACAGAGCAACAUCCAGGGAGGACGUCUGCCACCAAAGCAAGCCACGGCACUUCUGAAGAGAUAUCCCAACCUGUGCAAAGAGAUCUGAUACACAAACAUUUUAAUGCUCUUCUUGUACAGCUUUGGACUAGGAUGCUCUCGGAGAUGAAUUUGGAUUAUGUCCUGGUGUGUCGAGCUGCCAGUUGCCAAACAAAUAAUGAAAUAAAACAAAUGAGUGGAAUAUUGAAAAGGGUGAUUGUUGCUUUUACCCAUUACUGUAAGGUUCUUUCAUACCUCUGACUGGUAGUUUGUAAUGUGCACUUGUGUUCUUGUCUUAUUUUAAAACAAGUUUUAAAAUAUAAAGGAACUGUUUCAUGUCCUGAAUUGAAACUGAUGUCUGUUUUUUUCUUUUUUUUUUUGAUUUAUAUUUUUUUUUAUUAAGGUUUCAAAAGCAGGCAUUCACAGUAUGUACAUCAUGUAAGCAUACUUCUUGCUUAGGUUAUCUGCCUUAGAUACCAAAAUAGUAUUUUAAUUUGCAUCCAAGUCAUAAAGAGAGAAUAUUUACAACUAUAGAAGCAAUUGAAACAAUCACAUAAUCCGAAAUAAGAAAACAAACAAAACCAACAAACAAAACAAAA